AUGCCCACUCAGGAUUCACCUCCUGUCUACUUCGAGCCCUCCGAACCACUGACCAUACCCAUGUUAAUUGGCCAGACCGAGGUGAUCCCCCGACACUCUUCUGUCAACUUAGUCUCUAUGAUUGAGUUCACACCAACGAAGACAACCAAUCGCCUGAAACUCUCGGUACGGGCGACAACUCCUCACCUUUGUGAUGACACGCUCAAGACAGCUCGCGUAACACUGUAUGAGAAGCUGACUCUGAAGAAGGUUUUCAUAUGGGCAGCGUCAGCCUCGCCUGCUAGCCAAGUCUCGGCAGAGUCGUCUCUUACCUUGAUUGCUUCGACAGUUAACGCGAGGUGUUGGACCAGGUUUGAUUAA